AUGGUGCUACAAUUGCAUGUGUGGGGACCGGCCUUCAAUCUGCCAUCAAUCGAUGCCCAAUGUCUUGCGGCGAUUGCGUAUUGCUCGCUGACCCUUCCCAAGGGCUCGUGGGAGCUGGUGGCCACUAGUGAUCCCUCCGUUUCUCCUACUGGGGAGCUGCCCGCGCUGCAGGAUGAUUCCACAUGGGUGAGCCGGUUUCGCAACAUCGUGGACUAUCUCCGCCAAUACUCCAAUGGGGAAUGGGAUUUGGACGGCUUGUUGGAGGGAACGGCGCGCGCUGACACCAUCGCAUUCUCCUCCUUCAUCGAAUCCCGCGGUCAAACCCUUAUCGAUCUCUCCUUGUACGUGAGUAGCCAGAACUACUACGGCAACACAUCACCCGCAUACGGCAGUCUCCUCCAAUGGCCGAACCAAUGGAUCCUACCACCGAGGCUGCAUAGCGCCGCCAAAGCCCGGACGGAACAUCUCGGCCUGUCCUCGUUAGACAUACAGGCAAUGGAAGAGCAGCGCCAGCGCGAACACUCGGCCGCAGUCGCAGCUGGUCGGGUGCCCAAGAACCUGAUCCCCCGACCACAAGAUACUGUCUCGAAACUACUCGGCCGCACAGCACAGCACAAUCACUUCCGUCUUGAAGCGCUGACGGGCGAAUUCUUCGAGCCAUUGGAGGCCAUGAUUGGGGACAAGUCGUAUUUCUUGGCCUCCAGCGAGAACGACUCACCCUCCAGCCUGGACUGUAUCGCACUGGGCUAUCUCUCACUUGCUCUGGUACCCGAGCUCACCUUUCCCUGGUUACGGGACGCAAUGCGGACGAAAAGCCCGCAUCUUACAGCCUACACGGAGCGCAUGCGCCGUCUUUGCUUCGGCGAACAACCAGUGGAAAUUGCGCACGCAUUCUCACCAGAAACGGCGCCAUCCUCAUUACUACCGUGGAGAGCUCCUAGCCGAAUCUCGGCCGUCGCUGUCAGCAACACCCUUCUCGACACCUUGGCCGAAUCUCUACCCCUCGUGCGUACCCUUCGCAGCCAUAACAAGUUGAAGGAAGGCGCACAGUCAGCGGACGCAGGGCUGUCGGAUAUGGAGAAGAAGAUUGUAUCUCAAGCUGCCGACGCGGGCAAGAAUGACCUGUAUGCUUCUGUCGCAACUGUCGUUGGAGGACUCGCCGCUCUUGUAGGGUACAUGUUCUAUAUUGGCAUGAUCAGGCCCACGGGAUCGGGCGACGAGGAAUUCGUCGAAGAAGUGGAAGGAGAGGAGGAGGCAAGCGUCUUUGAUGCGGGAUCUGCAACCGAUUUCCUCGGCGCUGGAUUCUCCGGGUUCCCGUGA